GGGUUUGAUUUCUUGUAAACUGCCCAGAGCCUAUGGAAAUUGGACACUGUAUAAAUAUCUCAGUACAUGCAUAGCGUCUGCACGUAGGCACAUGUUAGGAGGCAGCCUGCUAGUCCCACACCGGCUUUCCUGGCCCGCAUUCAAGGAUCCUCCCGGAGAAAGUGGUCCUGCACAGUGGGUCUUCCACAGCUCAGAAUACUGGGCCGACUUCUAGCUGGCCUGUGUCCAUUUACCCCUUUCCAGGCUGCCCUCUUCAGAACCCAUGGCAGAGUUGACAGAGUUAGACCAGCAAUACAUCCGAGACGUUUGGGCAAAUGUCUUUGACAAUGCUGAAGAGAAUGGCAGACUCGUCGUGGUCAGAUUACCCAGAAAGCAAGCAGUAUUUCAAGACUGUCCCGACGGAGGGCGACCUGCUGAGCAGCCCAGAGGUGGGCUUCCAUGGCAGGCGGCUCAUGGUUGCCCUGAACCAGGUGAUUGAGAACAUCACCAACUGGAAGCAAGCCUGCAAGUUGCUCGAGCGCCUGGUGGACAGUCACAAGAACAUUCACAAAGUGCCCUCAGUGAUGUUCCAGGUACCAGUGCCAGCGCAGGUGGGAGCCGGCAGGGAAGAGGCAGAGCCGUGGCCCCCGGAGACCCGCCAUGGAGGCAGCCGGAGCCAUUCCACUGAGGACGCUCCCCCACACUUCCGGAAUCUUCCCCCAGCAAGGGGCUUCCUGCAAAUCUCCCUGGCGGUGUCCUUGGUCUGAAGCUGGGGCCUUCCCACCUUUGUCCCCCAAACAAAGGGGCUGGCGCAAACCACAGCUGCACCUGCUCCUCACGGGCCCGUGCCCAGGCGAGCAGAGCUGCUGCCCGCAGGUGCCCUGGGCUGCUC